AAAUAAAAUGAUCUCUCUAUUGCAGAGACACUAAUGGAUAUCUAGCUUCAGUCUCUUUUUCUAUUGUGUUUUUAUUUCUCUUACGUGUCUACCCCUACAAAAUGUGAGAUGCUACCUGACUCUAAGACAGUAGACCAUGGGCCCGUGACAUUCUGCUUGAAGAAUGUCUGGAAAUGCAGUUACCUUUGAACUCUUACAGUGAGAACGAGGUCGAGCUGAACAGUUCCAACGCAAAGAGAGACACCAACACCUUUUUGGAGGCGGAGCAUGUUAUACUACAGAUUUACCCUCCUUUUCUCUUAAUCCUUGGUAUCACGGGCAACAUGAUCACCAUAUUGAUUCUCAGGUCGAAGUCGCUCAGGCAUAACUUUGUGGCUAUGUACUUGACCUACUUGGCCUUUAUUAACAUCCUAAACCUGGCCAUAGGCACGACGCGGUUGUGGAUUAUCGGACUCAUUGACUCGGACAUUAGGAACUUUUCAGUGUACACAUGCAAGAUCCACUUUAUUCUGACAUAUGCCCUACACACUACUUCGAACUGGUUGAUGGCCGCUGUGACGUCAUGUAAACUGUUGUAUGUCCAAGACCCAUCCAGGGCCACACGCAUCUGUUCCAAGACUUUUGUUCACGCGCUAGCCAUCUCCAUUAUAAUGUGCGUGACAGCGUUCGAACUCUAUCUAUCACAACAUCACUACAUCGCCAUCAAAGCCGCCCACUCGGAGUCUGGGCGUCUUCUCUCUUGUGAUCUCAGCCGCGACAACAUCUACCACAUCCUUCAGAUCACCAUUUUCUUCAUCGUGCCUGGCUCACUCAUUAUCCUCAUGAACAUCGGCAUCCUCAUCAAAGUGGGCUCCUACCGGCGCUUCGACCACUUGAAGACUCCUGUGGUGGUCAAGAAAGAAAGGAUGGUUCAAAUACUUGCUGGUAUUCUGUUUGCCUGCGACAUUCAAAUAUUACUGAACGAACUUCCGUACGCCAUGCAACAUUUGUUUGGACCCAAGAUGUUUGAGGAUACUCCAGCAGGCAGAUAUAAGUUUAAUUUUUUCUACCAUGUCUCUGCCAUGAUGCUCUACACCAACUGCUCCAUUAACUUUGUCAUCUAUUGCUUCUUUGGGGAUCACUUCCGUGAGGAGCUGCGCCGAAUAUUCCGCCCCUGCCUGUCUCUCGUGUGUGUGCCACGCAGUCGAUGGGUCGAGUCUACAGUGGAUGAGGAUGGGAUGAGUGAAGAGCACCAUCACGUCCAUGGGUUGGCGCCCAGGAGAGUCAAAGUUACAAGUAAACUUAACAGCGACGACUUUAAAAGCAAGUUGUCUCUCUUGAAUCUUUUUGACUCCGCCCAUGCUGAAGCUCGCAGAGAAAGAUCCCAGGCUAACGUUGUCGAAAAACUAAAUACUCUUAAAAUCCAAGACUCCGCAGUCUAAAUCCUGGUCUGUGAUGUCAUGUGCUAAGCUGACAUAUGCUGUUGAUGUCAUGUGCUUGUAAUGUCUUGUGGCACUUGGUAUCUUGGACAAGUUUUAAGAUGGUGAUGGUUUACUUAGUACUUGACUCAGCAGUCAUCACCUCAGCCAAAUUUUAAAUUGUCUCGCUUGACUGUCAACGAGUGCUCGAGUUACUGCCCUUGUAUCCAUGACGACUGAUCAACUCUAUUCGCGACUGCCGUGGAAAUGGCCUAGAAAUAAUCUCUAAGCUUUAAGUACCUAUAUAAAGCGUGUUCAAACUGAAUUAUUAUAUAAACAUAUUAACUAAACUUCAUAUGAUGUAUUUCACUCUCAUUCAUUAUAUAGUCCAUGACAUUAUAAAUGAUCCAUUGCUGUUCUUUUUUUAUUUAUUUUAUGGCCAAUUUACGCGAAUCGGGUGUGCCUUGUUUAUUUACGACUAUAGCGGUUAAAAAUAAAGAGGGACGAAACCUUUUUAAGUUAAUGACGUCAUUUAAGGUAAUUUAACCUACUGCGUCAUUUUAUCAUUUCAAAUGUAAAGAAAAAUGAGCUUAUUAGCGACAGGAUAGGAAUUUCGGUAAGGGUUAAAUAAGGCUUAACUCUUUCUCUCCGUAAUUAUUUACCACAUUCUGGUGGAAUCAACGUCAGUUAGGAGAGAAAGAGUUAAAGUGACACUGAAUAAAAGCCUGUGCUUCACAGAAGAUGUAACGAUAUCUUUCUUUGAUUCUCUAUCCUAAACAUCAAAUAAUUACAAUAUUUGAACCCUGAAAUUGUUUUGGUAAACAAAAUGUACAACACCAGUUUUAUUUCAUUAAUUUUUAAUUAUAUCUUUGGAAUCCGUAGCUCAUUUUCGAGCAUAGAAACAAUAGAGGAUAGAUUCAAAAGUAUCAAUCUUGGCCUACCGGUGUUCCUUAUAUAGUCUUAUGAGAAUCCCUGGUCAGUAUUUUUUCAUACACCAAAUCGCCUUGAUGGUCAAACAAGAGUCCAUGAAAGUAAGGGGUCAGGUCAGCAUUCUUGUUCCUCGGUUCAACCACAGUGGGUUGCCACA